AUGCGAACGAGCGCGGACGCAACUAGCCCCGACUCUUCGGCUGCUGUUCCAUCAGCCGCCGUCUCGCUAGAGGAAAAGGACAUCUCCAAGAGAGAGAAGGCCAGUAACAAUGAUUCGACCGAUGAGUCGACGUCGGAGUACGCCCAGGGAUGGAAGCUGUGGCUUGUCUACAUCGCGACACUUCUGACUAUGUUUCUUGUCCCACUGGAUAUGACCAUCGUCGCAACUGCAAUCCCAAAGAUCACGCAGGAAUUCCAUAGUCUGAACGAAGUCGGGUGGUAUAGUUCGGCCUUCUUCCUAACCUUGGCGGUCUUCCAGUCGCCUUGGGGGAAGAUCUACAAAUACCAUCCGAUCAAGGUUGCAUACAUCGCGUCGGUAUUUACAUUCGAGCUUGGAAGUCUCAUUUGCGGCGUUGCGCAGAAUAGCCACAUGCUCAUUGCAGGUCGUCUCAUCACUGGCUGCGGAGGUGCAGGAGUUACAAUCGGCACCUAUGUCAUUAUUUCCCAUCUCGUGCCGCCCUCAAAAACUCCUGCAUUUAUUGGCGGUAUCGGUGCGGCAUUUAGCAUCGCGAGCGUGGCCGGUCCUCUCGUUGGAGGAGCCUUUACCGGAGAGGUGUCGUGGCGAUUCUGCUUCUACAUCAACCUUCCCGUCGGCGGCGUCGCAACCCUCGUUUUCUUCGCUUUGUUCCCCAAGCCCACUGCGCCCCUUCCGCAGGCAAGUAUCAAAGAAAGGCUCCUGCAGCUGGAUCUACUGGGUACAACUUUGGCAGUUGCAUCCAUCGUCUGUUACUUCCUUGCUCUCGAAUGGGGCGGCGUAUCGAAAUCUUGGGGCGACGCAGAUGUGGUUGGCACACUUGUUGGCAGUAUCCUGCUCGCCAUUGCCUUUGGCGUGGUGCAAUGGAUCCUCGAUCAGCGGGCGUCCAUCAUGCUACGAAUUCUUGCACAGCGCCAUGUCGCUGGUGGCUCGGCCUUCAUGUUCCUGCUGAGCUGCGCUAACUUCUCGAUGAUCUAUAACCUACCCUUAUACUUCCAAUCUGUCAAGGGCUCUAGCCCGACUUUAAGUGGCAUUCAAGUCCUUCCACUCAUUGUCUCAGCAUCUGUCUUCGUCGUCAUCAGCGGAAUUCUUUUCACCAAGUUUCGGUUUUACCAAAUAUACCUCUUCGUUGGGGCAAGUUUCACCACCAUUGGCGCUGGUCUGCUCUAUACCCUGAAGGUGGACUCCUACGCUGGAGAUUAUAUCGGCUUCCAGUUCGUCGUUGGAUUUGGUAACGGUAUCUGCCAGCAGAUUCCCCUCACAGUUGUUCAGGCUUUCUCCAAGCCAGAAGACCUGGCCACGUCGAUGUCUACCGUUCUUUUCUUCCAGCUGCUCUCGGGUGCACUAUCCGUAGCCGCAGCCCAGUCCGUCCUCCUCAAUCGCCUACUGGCCACUGCCGCUGAACGCCUUCCCGAUGUCAGCCGCAUGACAAUCAUUUCAACCGGCGCUACCGAUCUCGGACGAGUCUUUGUUGGCGAUCAACUGUUAGCUAUACGUGAAUGCUAUCUGGAUGGGCUACGAGCUGCCUGGGCGAUGGCCAUUGGAUUUGCGGGCGUCGCCCUCUUGACCGGACUGACGCUUGGCUUCAACAGGAUUGAAAAGUCUCCGCAGGGUGUAGAUUCAACAACUGAUGUGCAGAAGAAGACUGAGGGAGAAAGUGAUGAAGUUCGGGUCCAAAAUAUUGAUGAGAACAAAACCCCUGAGGCUUGA